GUAUUAGAUGGGUUGGGUGAGAUCACAUAAUGUUGAUCUCAAAUCUUUCUAUAGGAUAUUCUUAAUUCACUUUUACAAAUAGCACUACAUUUCUGAAAACUAAAUAUGACACAAAAUUAUGAAUUUGAUAAACAGUUUAUUUAUUGAAAAUUUUGACAAACAUAUAGAAAUCAAUUGCAUGUAUGAUUUGAAUUAGGCGUAUUCGUAAUAUACAUAAAAUAUUAACAAGAUAUUCAACAUUUCUGCAUCGGAGAAAGUAUAUCUAUAUGUAUAUAUUCACACGCUGAUAUUAAGGAAAAGUAUUUCGUUAAGAACGCAUGAAAAACGUUGGAAGUAUCACGCAAUGUAACUUGAGCAAUUCUGAUGUUACCAUCAAUGUUGUUGUUAAAUUUGCAACAAAGUCAAAGUUAAAGAAUGCCAGUAAUGUAACAACAAUGAAAUUCCGGAAAAAAAAUCUUUUACAACUUAUCGUGUGAAAGAAAAGAUAAACAAUGGAAAUAAAUUUACAGGAUUGUGCACGGAUUAAUGGUUUAUUUCAUAAUAUCCACCUCGGUGCUUUAUAUAACCGUUACAACGAGAGCAUAGUGGAAAACAAAACACUAUGGAAUGAAGAGACUUUUAAUAAUGUUAACUUUGUGCAGGUCGUGUCUCCUCGCCCUUCUCCUUCUUCUUCUUCUUUUUCUUCUUCCUCGAAUUAUAUCAUUCGCGAAACCAACGCAAUCCAAUCACGUAUGGACGUUUUAGAAAUGGAGAAUGGUCUCAGACUGGGAUAUAUGUUGGAUAACUUUAAUGAGAAUAAUAUCUACGUGAGAUAUUUGAAGAAGCAGAGAAGUUUAGGCGUGGAAAGGGUGGACGUGUAUUACAAACAAUCAACAAUAACAGAAUCAAUGACAAGGUGGGCCUUGCAAGAGAUAGAUAAUCAACACAUAUUAGAAGAAUUCGAUGCUUUUACUCAUUUUGUUGUUGCGAUAGAAUACGGAAUAACAUUUUUAGUUUCUGCAGUAUGCAAAGAGAGACAAAAUAAAGGAACAAAUUUACACGAAGAAGUAGUUGAAGUUAUGGAAAAUGACGAAUCAAAAAAUGACAACAACACGCUAUUGACAUGCUCACUGUAUACCCCUGAUUAUACUUCCACCAAUGAAGUCAAAAUAAGUCAAUUAAAGAAAUUCUGGUGUUCAGUGAAAGAGCAAGUUGAAGAAGGAAGUCACAAAGCACUCUGGUUGUAUUUACUGCCAAAAGAAAGGCUGCCAUUUUUCCAGCAAACAUCAACGAAAUUAUAUCCCACGCUAUCUGACAUAACAGUGUUGAAAUGCGUUAAAGCGUUAGAACAUUUAUAUGCAUUUACCGAACGAUUGAAAAAUCUGCAUCAAAUGGCCAUCAUUUUUCCAUCACUAGCCAAAAAGCUGUGCAAUGUACAGAACAUUGUCACAGAAUACACCACGGAAAAGUAUAAGAGUUUCCACACGAUGUUGGCUGACUUUUAUUCUGAAAAGGUUUUGGAAGAAGCUCUAUCAAGAAAAAUGUGGUCUACAGAAAAACUCUGUCAUUUUGUGCUUGAUAAAUGGUUAACCGAGAAGGAAGAAGAAGUAAAGCGUUUUCAGAUCUUAACUGCACCUAGUAAUUCAAGCUUUGUUGAUGAAAUUGAAGAAUGCUUAUAUUCAAAUAAAAGCGUUGUCAUGUCAAUUUCGUUUGGCGAAUUGGAUAAAAUGUACAUCUCUAGUUUACAAGAUACAUUGAGCACACAGUCUUUAACAUCAAAAACCAAACUACCUAACCAUGAUUCCUGGGAUCAAGAUGUUGAAUUUGUUGCUAAGCUGGAUGAGUAUACGAAAAUAUUUGUUAAUCUAACGCAAAGUAACAAGAACGACGAAGAUGUGCAGUUUUUUGUUACGACAACUGGUUCUAAUACAAGAGAUGUAUCUGUAGAUUAUUUUUACCAAGGUUCUCUUGAGAAUGAGUUUAAAUUGCCACAGAUGUUACAACUUUCUGUUGAUACAGGACAUAAAGACAAUUCUCUGGUAAUCAAGUGGGAAUUAGUUGAAAGAAACAAAGAUAGGGACACGGAUGAAAGCGUUUCUUCCUCAUCAAAUGUAUUGAGCAAUGCAGUGGAAACGAAAAUUGGUGCAAGAACAGAUAACGACGACCUUAGCAAAAACGAAAUGAAUGAUACGGCUAACAAUAAAGAAAAGAGUGGACAGGAAAAGAAGGAAGAUGUCGUUGAAAUGUUGAAGAAUAAAAAAAGUGAAGACACUGAGCUAUCAAAUUUGCAGGAAGCAAAAGGAAACCAGAUCGUGCACACCAAGGAGGAGGAAAUGGAGAAUAAAAACGAAGUACAGCUUAAUGAUAAAUUUCAGCUCAAUAAAGAGAGUGAGAAAGUAGAUUCGGUCAACAGUGGAGAUUUUUAUACUAAAAUUAAUGAAAAUCAAAACAUAAUUUUAAGUGCGAGUGGAAUUGCAGAUGAAAAUAGCUUCCUAAGUGACAACUCUUUUGAAAGAAAUGAAAUAAGAGAUGAAAGAGGAAGUAAAAUUUCUGAAGAUGUUGACGCUAAAGACUUGGAAAUAACAGAAAAUAGAAUGAAGGAUAUUAAGAUAAAUACUUUUGAAAACAAUAGUGGAAGUGAAUCGGUUUCAUCUUUAAAAUAUGAAAAAAAAUCUGCAGAAUAUAAUCAUGCUAAAUAUGGAGGGGUUGCAAGAGAAAGUAAAUUUUCCGAGGAUAGCAAAGCCAUUCUGGAGCAUUGUAGUAUUGAAAACCAGGAGUGUGAAGCGACAGUAACAAAGAACAGUAAAACAAAGAAAGAAGUAAUUGAUGCCGAACAGAAGAGGGAAAACGAGUUUGUAUGCUACAAGAAGAAAAAAGGUGAAGACAAAAAUCAAGAUGACCCAGUGGAAGGAGUCGAUAACGAAAGUGUGAAGAAAAGUGUGAAUGCAAGCGAAAACCAGAACACAAUCUUGCCUAACAGUGAAAAUAAAGACAAAAAUGGGUUCACAGGCAACAAUGAAAACAACUAUGAUAAAGACUCCGAAACGAUAGAUAAAGUUUCUAUAAAAAAUGAGAUUUUAAAAGAAGAUGGAGGGGAAUACAAAGCAAAAGUUAUAAAAUGGAAUGCAGCGGAUAAAAGUGAAACUAGACCUACAGAACACAAUCAAGAAGGAAAUAGAAGAUAUGACAGCAAAAUCGUGCCGAAUUUUAAGAACAGUCUCGUUGAACACCUACAAACAGACACUAAAAUAAAGGAAGAAGAUAAGAAGAACAUUGAAGCCAUCAACGUCAAUAACAAACAGACUGGCAAUGAAGAAGAAAGCAAGAAAAAAAAAGAUAGUUCUAGUGAAGAUAAACAUAUCGACGAUUUGAUUAAUGAAGGAGAAGUUAAAAUUACUAAUCAAGAUGUUAGAAAUAAAGUCCACUCAACAAACCUUGCAAAUCAAGAUAUGUUAAAUGAAAAAUUCCUCAAGUAUAAAGUGACAGUUCGUUCUUUAAAAAGUGAUUCGGUUGUAGUUGAACGAGUAUUCUCACACGAAGAAGAAAAAACGUGUAUUGUAAACAAGGUGGUAGAUGGCGAAAUAUAUGAAGUAAUUGUGGAAAGUAUGCUUGGAAAGUUUGGUUUGAAAGGCUGUGUCAUUGAAAAGGGCAUUUGCACCCAAAAAUCCGACAUGCCAGUGGAAUCGGAUUCUUUAAUGGAAGAACAAGAUACGGGAAAAACUAAAAUACCAGUUAAAUUGGAAUCUGGAACCAGGGAGCGCUUCGAGAGGACGGAAUAUCGGAUAGGUGCUGCAUCUGCAAGCAAGGAAAGGCCACAACAAACAACAAUGCCCCCUAUUGAGAAAGGGGACGACGUCCCACUCAAGGAAUGCUUAUUAAUCAAUGGUUUUCUUUCUAAUUCACGCUUGGGUUCGCUUUACGAUCGACGUAAAGAUACUAUCGUCUACGGUUUAGCUUUAUGGGAAGAAGAAAGUUUAAAGAACGAAGGAUUUGUUGCAGUUCGAAAGACUCCUUCACAAGAUUGGAAGUUUGAAUUAGAAAACUCCGUGUCCAACAAGAUGAACAAUCUGAAUAUUGAGGGAGGAUUGAAAUUAAGUGUUAUGAGUGGUUUACUUGAUCUUCAGGGUAGUGGAAAGUACAUCAAUGAGGGUACGACCUAUGAAGAUGUUGCUGCAGUUAGUUUAAUUUACAAGCAAACGACAGUUACCAAAGAAUUAACACCAAAAGCAUUUGAAAAUCUUGACUAUGCAAAGAUUCUAUCAGAUGAUAACUUCACACAUAUCGUGGUUGCGAUACAGUAUGGAGGAAACUGUGCAAUGCUUCUCGAGAAGAAAUUAAACAGCGGAGAGAAAGUGGACAAUAUAGGUGGCGAUUUGAAGGCGUAUAUUAAAGGUGGUAUAAUUGGUGGAGACGCAAGUGUGGACCAUGAAAGCAAGGUACAAAAAUACAAACAAGAAGUGACUUGCACAGUAAGAAGUGAUAUUGAUAUUGAUGGAGUAGUUGACGAUUUAGAAAGCGCAAAAGAGCUUUACCAUUCUCUACCACAAAAGAUGAAAAACGUCGAAGGCGUUCCAGUGUGGGUGUGGUUACUACCAAAAGACAGGAUACCCCAUGAAAAUGUUAAAAAGGCCACUGUGCGAGAGAUAUCAGAUGAACUGGUGACAAAAACAAUAGACGCCGUGGAAUCGUUUGCGAAGAUUAUCAGUAAAACGCAACAAUUAUAUUCUCUUGCUAAAGAUUUUCCUGUGGUUCAGAAUAAGGUAAAGUCUUUUCAGAAUUGUGUACAAAGAUACAAAACACAGUUUCAAGAGAAAGUACUAAAAAAGCUAAUAGUCAGUAUUAGAAGCAAGGAAGAAGACGAGACAAGACUAGGUACUAUGCUUGCAGAUCUAAACAAAUCCUCGUUUGGUCAGAAAAGUUUGGAAGAUUGGUAUGAAAUGGCAAGAACAGAAUUUAAUUUGCUACAAAUGUACAAAUCUUGUAUCACCAUAGAUAAUAUUGAAAUAGUUAGUAAGGCUGAGUGUGAAAAGAUAUGUAUAACGAAUACAGUAUGCGUGACUUUAACAAUCCAAGUAUGCAAAGAAGAUGAUCAACUGAUAUUAAAGAUGACAAAUGAGUUGGAUGAACGAAAAGAGAAUAACCGGAACACAAUGUCAGCAACAUUGUUGUGGUUCUUAGAUUCAGACUUCCUACAAAAAAUGCGAAGAAAUAUUAUUGCGUUUCGAGACUUUUCCAUGGCUAAUAAGGAUAAUAAUAGCGUUAAGUUUAUUGCUCAGAUUAUACCAGCUUAUGAAACAAUGGACAUUUAUGUCAAUGUUGUUGACACUGGAAAUCGAAGUGACAAGUUUAUCCCGCCAACAAAACCGAAAAACGUGGUUAUAUCUGAUAAAACUCACACAAGUUUAACAUUGCAUUGGGAAAGUCCAUUAGAGGGACGCGCGUCUGUAACAAAUUACCAAAUCAGUUACACAGAAUCUAAAGCAAAAAAAGAAGAAUUUCGAGUGUAUCGUGAACUUGAAGUAUUUGAGAAGGAGAUUAUAAUUACGAAUUUAAAACCAGCUACUGAGUAUCUCUUAAAAAUUCGCACGAAAUGCUGCAAAUUAGAUUUGUAUGGUCCAGUUGAAGAGAUUAAAGGAAUCACAUAUCCAUAUGGCGCUCCCGCCAACAUUGCCUUUGAGCUGACGCACAAAAGAAUCGCUACAUUGUCAUGGGCCAAUCCACUCGGUGUUGAAAAUUGUAGCUGUAUGUAUCAAAUUGAGCUUAGUCAAAAUUCCCAAAAUAAUAUCAUCAGUACCAGAAGAACAUCGGAGAACAAGUUUUGCUAUGAAAAAUUAUUAUUCGACAAAACGUACAUAUUUAGAGUAAAGAUGUAUGCUUGUGAUGAAGAAGUUUCAUGUUGGUCGCAUGAAUUUGAAUUUGCAACGGAACCUUGCCCCCCUCCGUUGAUAUCAGAGUUAAAAAUCCAAAAUCAAACAGUUCAAUUGAUGAUUAAGGAGGAAGAAGUCUACAAGAAUCAAGUGACACGAUAUAGUAUGCGUGUGAAGGGAGAAGACUUUCCUAUGGAAUCUGAAGAUGACCAAUUUAAAUUCUGUGUAGCUAUAUCUACCCUUGAAGCUGGAUGGCAUAAGAUUUGUGUGAAAGCGAUAACAGACUAUGGCCAAAGUGGAUGGAGCAAAGAAAGAAGAGUUAAAAAAGAAACAGAACAGAAAGGGGACGAUAAUACAGAUGGCUUCCAUCUUAUAAAGUCCACCAAACAAUCACUGCAGGAAGAUAUUCAAUGGGCACUUAAGCGUCUUAACGUCAUAACAGAAGAAAAGAUCUUUUCAACGUAUCCGAAAGAGAAGAGGAAAGCAUUGCUACGGAUUAUACAAUCUUUAAUGAAAGGCGACUGUAGGCCAUUAAACGAAACUCUAAAAUGGCGGGAAAACAGAUGCAUGCAAAUAGCAAGACAUAAUGCCACAGAAUUGAAGUUUAAUAUCAUCACUGCACUUAACAUAUGCGCCAGGCAAACAUUUAUCAAGCAGUUAUUGUUAGCUGAAAUGGCUGUGCCAGUAUUUUUUCAUAGCUCUGGAUUAAAAUGUGCAGAUCUCUCCCUUGGUCAUACACAGCUAAACGAAUGGGAACUUUUAAAUUCCGUUAUCAGAUUAACACAAGAGAGACGGCCUUUAGUAUCUGCAGUAAGGCUAGGUGUGUUAAAGGCGUCCAAAACUUUAAUUUGUAAUGAUAUUCUGGGCAUAGAUAGCAGCACUAAGAAAGGUUUUUUCAAAAAGACUGAUGGCAGUGAUGAAUAUUAUGAACAACAUGGAUUCGUGGAAGGUGUUUGGUAUCGCACAACGGAAAGUUACGACGAUCAAUUCAAACAUUCAUUUGGUGUCCUUAACUUAAGAGGAGACGCCAUAACUCAUUCUGCAGCAUUCUUUGUUUUGGCUAAAACUUCAGAAAUUACAAUCAUAUUUCUAAGUGAUGACGUUCUGUUAAAUAAAGGAUACGAGAACCUUCUUGAAGAUUUGUCUGAAGAGCUUAUCGAAUCAAAAAGCAAAAUCAACGCUAUCAUCGUUACCGACAAGAAAACUACCAUAGGUGAGGCUAAAAAUGCUAUUACAAAGUACAAGGGGGUGUUUUUAAAAGUUAGUUUUUUAUCUGCUGAAGGGAAAACGUAUGUACAAGAAUUGCGAAACACUAUCAAUGAAAUGUUGCACGAGGUAGGUGGUAUUGGAAAAUCCUUAACUGAGCGUUUUGAUGAAUCUUUGUUAGAAUCGAAAGACUAUACUUGGUCUGAUGUUGCUCUUAGCAAAGCCACCCAUACUGUUGAAAUGUUGCUAAAACCAAAUGAAAAAGAUGCUGCGGCCUUCAAUAUGGAGACCACAUUUCCACUGCAAUCUUUUUUUAAACAGUCGUCCAAGCUAGUGCGUUUAAGACAUAGAAGUACCAAGUUUUCUUAUGAGGAAGCUAAGACAAGACGUAAUGGCUCUUUGUUAGCUGUUGGUACUGGUAUGGAGCUGUGCUUAAAUUUCUUACAGGAAAAACGCGAUAUUGAUGAAGUCAUCUUGUACUUAAGAGAGAUAGAUUACCAUUUAACAACUGAAUCCUUGCAUAAUAAAGAGAUUCAAAGUUCACUCACCAUCAACAAUAUACUGCAAGAGGUAGCAAGACAUCACGAAGUUCUUUUUGACGUCAAGUUCUCUGAAGCCACACAAGAAGGAUCUACUCUACCAGAGACGGCUGCAGCAAUGAUGAUUAAAGGUGUACCUAUUGAAUUAAUUGACUCUGCCACCAAAUCAAUACAUACCAAUUGGAUAAGAGAUACUCUAUCUUGUGUCACUGAGAAGCUUAAGAAGAAAUUGAGCAUACGACAUGAUCCUAACGUGUUUAUUGUCAGUAGGAUAAGCUGCCAAAGAAAGAUUAGUGAUGGUUUGUUUCAUAAAUUAUUCGGUGCAGCUCUGGAAAUCCCUCUUCGUAAAUAUGAAGGUAGCGUAAUGCGUCUCCUCCCCAUCAAUAUUAGCGGCUUUCCUUGUGAUGCCAUACUUUUAAUUGAUGCAGAGCCCAUUGCACACCACGCCGACGAAAUUCACGAUGAGUAUCAUAACGAAUUGAUGGCAUUCUUUGUCCUCCUUUCUGAUAUUUGCAUCAUUCACCACCCAAAGAACGGUUUGGAUAUUUUAAAAGAUAAUCUAGAAGUUGCCACUCUUACAAUGUUAAAACUUAAUCUAGCAUGCACGGAGACAAAGUUGAUGUUUGUUACAGAAAAGGACGCCUCCUGUGAGAAGAAGAAGGAAAUGCAGAACAUGGUUUCCCAGUUGGAAAGUUGCUGGAAGAGAUUUCCUUACAUCAUUCAUAACAGAAGUCUGUUACACAGCAUGUUUUCGUUUGAUCCUGACGAAGAUAUUUUUACGAUUAGUACACAAUUAGGUAGAGUGGUUUGCUCGGAAGUACAUGAUCAGUGCGCAAGGUUAAGAGAUAACCUAUUGAGAAACGUAAAGAAUAGACAAUCUAAGAAUACUUUCAGCUCUUUGGGCCACAACAUAACAAAUAUAUGGAAUGGGGUAAUGAAGGAAAAUGUAACGAUUCAGUUCAGAAAUCAUGAUGAGAUUUCCGUUUAUUACGAAAUAGAAAGUGAUAUGCAGGCAUGGAAAUCUAGCUUGGCAAAUAACGUCAAUGUUCUAUUGAAUGAUGCAUUCAAAAUUAAACUUGGGGUAGAUAAAAUCAAUAUGAAUGCAAUAAAAAGUCAAAAUCAACAGAUGCAUAACAAAAUUAAAGAAAAAGCAGGAAAAUACUUUCAACUGUAUCGGGCGCGUCUAUCACGUUUGCUGGCUGCAAAAAAUAUCUAUAACAAAUUAAACGCAAGUUUUCGAAAUAAAAUUCUGCAAUGUUUUGAAGAGUUUUGCAACACACUCUUAGCUGACUAUCUAACACCAUUAGAAGUGCAGUUCAAUCUCUAUAAAAAUGAAAUGGCCUGGAGAGAAUCUGUCAAUGAAUCUUUGACAUUCGAGUUACAAAAAAUGGCUGAUGCAUUUGUUAAAGAAAACAACAGUGAUUCAUUAGAAAGAAAAGAAAUAGACAGAAAAUUUGAAGCAAUUUGGCAGCAAAAGACGGAAUGCUUCCAACCAUGUCAUUGCGGUGAUGCGCAACUUCACAAUGUAUCAGUCGGUUUUUGCAAUUACUUACGGGAGAAAUUUCUUUACAACCAAUAUUACUUCGAGAUUUCGGAAAGGUUUGGAGAAAAUUUAACAAACCCAUUCAAGAAAGAAUGGAUCGACUACACCUUGGUAAAAUAUAACCAGCGUGAAAGCUAUGUUUUGGAAAAAGUAGUGAAGAUCUUACUUCCGAAGUCAAGAUUCAAUCUAGCAGUAAAAGAUUGCGUUCUAAGAAACAAAGUAAAUUUUUUAAUUAAUGAAACCAUAAAAUACCUGAUUAACGAGAAGUUACAAGCGCAAGAAGAUGAUGAAUGUAGCAUGAAAAUGCAGAAGAUGGAUAUUCCUUUCUCAUGUCCGCAUCUUUGCCGUCAUUUUAUCGACGAAGCUUUGGUAAGUUUCAGAAAUCAUUACAAAGAAUUGAAAUAUGAAUCUGAAUUUCAACUGACUGGUGCCUUGGAGAUGAUCUUCUGUUUCCACGCAGCUUCUGUCGCUGCUAAAUAUUUUGAAAAAGCAAAGUCUGGUUUUCUGCAUGCCACUAGUAUGAAAAUGCUUGCUGAAGAAGAAAAAAUAUUUUUCAAAAAUGUGUUCGAGGAGCAAAUAACCUAUGAAAGAUUAAAGGUAUCGGUCAAACUUAAAAUCGUAUCAGAUACGUUUGAGGCAGCUUAUGAUAAUGCUAUUAAAGAUCUGUGCAGUUCAACUGGUACUCAUUCUCUUGCUGGUGAAGUGUUGAUGAGGUACAUCCCAAACAAAGAGACUGUCCAUGGCCUGGUACUGCUUGAUGUCCUAGACGCAAUACAAGAUCUGAAUCACACAGAUGGAGACGAAUUUCAAAUGGUGUUUGACUAUUUUAAUGAGCCGCGGAAAGCGUUUAUGAAGAAGAUUACUGCCAUAGUUAAAACAAAUGUAGGAUCGAUGGAGAAGGAAGUAAAAGACCGAUUUUAUAGAAAUAUUCGAGAAUCUAUUCUUGCUAUGUCAAAGUGGUCUACUAACGAUAAUGAAUUACAUGAAGGGCAUGGCUUAGAUUUUAUGAAGGAUAUAGCUCGCUUAAAAGUACACGACAGAACCCAAUGUAUUGAAGAAUUAGAAAGCUGUAUAAAUGACCAACUUAAUACUGUUUUGGAAAGCAAAAUGGAGAAAGAGAAUAUGGAGGACUGUGAAAAGAAAUUACUGGAAACAAUAUAUCGCUUCUUAUUUAAAUGCAACCAGUUGUGUCCAUUCUGUAAAUUACCAUGCGACAGUGAUCACACAUACGACGACCCAAGACAUUUCUCCCGCGCUCACCGCCCGCAAGGAUUCGGACAUGUUUAUGUUUUAAAAACACACGAAUUUAGCUUAGACAUUUGCAGCAAUCUUGUCGCGUCGGAGAAAUACUACAGAGGCGGUAAAAGUGAUAAGAAAAUCAAGUAUAAGAACUAUCAUAAACUUGGUGAGCCAUACUCCAGCUGGAACAUAACAGAAAGUAAUAUGAAUUCAAUUCUAUGGAAACACAUAACACAUAAGGUCAUGUGCAGAAUUGGGAAUUUUUUCUUUGAUGUAAAACCAGCUGAUACAUCAUCUUGGGGGUGCAUAACAACGAAAGAGGCCCAGGACGAAGUAAAGAAACUGUAUUAUGUUACCAAUGCACAAAAACGUAAUGGAACCUACAUGCCGUAAUCAAGUAACAACAUUAAAUUGAUUCGAAUGAAAUCUAUAUAUAUACAAGUUGUUUACAUAUGUCAAUCAGCCUUUUUAUCUUAAUGAUAAUUGUAAAAAUGUUGUCUAACCCACCUGCUAUGAGUUUCUGAAAGAAAAUUAAAACCUUUAAAGGACUUCAGACAGCAAUAACAACAGGAGGAAAUUUAUUUAAUCUUCAAAUUCAAUUAUCCAACAUUCUUAUCCGUCCUAGUCUAAUUCGUACUUUAAGCGCUCUCUCUCUCUCUCUCUCUUUGUAAUAUGUUUUUUUGAAACAAAAAUUGAAACAAAAUUAUAAAUGGCAAAUCCGAACUUACAAUGGAGGUGGUCCUACUUUUGACGUCACUUUUUAUAGUUAAAUCCUUGAUUUUCCCAAUUUAGUAAAUUGUUCUUAUAAAAGUGUUUUUACAGUAUUUUCGGCGUUUUAUUUGAAAGUUUUUUCGUUUAAGUAAAGUCAAUAAAUUUAUCAUGAGUUCAAAUAUGUAUGAACAUCUGGACUUGGUGGGUCUCUUUCCAAAAGAGGAUGUCAACUCUGGGAGAGCGGUUAAAAGCAAAGUUGACAUUGGUUGACGGAAGGCGGGAGAAGGAGGCUAAAUACUUAAAUUAUUAUCUUACUAGUCGAUAAGGCCCGUGGAAAAAUCCACUCAGGCAGAAGGACAAUGGAAAAGUAGGUUGUUUUAGAUUUUUGCUGACGUCAGCAGUGCAAUUACAAAAAUAUUUGGCGAAAUUUAGUUUAUUCGUUGCCUGUACUAUGCAGAUGUUAAAACGCUGACCAAGAAAAUGUAUAUGAUCAUAUCUUUUUGAUAAGCAGUUAAUGAGACAUAAGGGUUUUAACAUUUUGCUGAUGUCAGCAA